UCCAACUCAAGGCGUGUACGUGCUCUGACAAAUUCGAAAACUUGGCGAUUCUGUUAAUAUUUUCUAUUACCAAGAAAUAAAUGUCAUACCUGUUACCCUACCAUCCUAAUUAUAUUGUGUGCUAUUUGUUUUAGCACAUGUAUUAAUUUUAUUACUCGCUCAACUGUUUGUUUUUUCAUGUCUUGUCAGUCGCUCAAUUCAAUAAAGCUAAAAGGCGAAAAGAGAUUAAUUACAGCUCAUGUUUUAUUCCGCACUGGUGAAACUUGGAAAAUUCCUACAUACCUAAUUGAACGAAGUACUCCCCUAAAAACUUUUCAAACGAUCUUAUCACAUAAUUUUCGUCUGUAUAAGGAAUUACGAUAUUACGAAUGAUCGAUCGUCUGUCUGUAUUUCCAUUCGCUCUUUUCCAUCUAACUUUCACUUCAACCAUGUCUGUCUUUAUUGUGCCGUUGGUUCUCACUAGCUUUGUCGCUUUUUCCCACUGCAUUUCCAUAACUGUCGAGCAUAAUGAUAGAAAGAAAUCAUUACUGGAGUCGAUGAAAACUGUAGCUGAAACUGACGCUAAUGUUAUAUUCAAAUUCUGCGUUUUCGUGGACCUGGAGGAACUCUCACCAGAGGAACAGAAUAUAUUGAACAGUGUUUUUUGUCCGUCGUUAUCAUUGAGAACUGGAGGAGUCUUCGAAACGAUGAACAAUCCAGUGGUGUAUCCAACUUUCCUGUUUUACAUGCUCAACUCUUUCGAGGAUGUCUACGAGAAAUUAGACUUCGUAUCCAGUCUGAACUUCUUCAGCACAAGGAUCCCUGCGUUCUUUGUACUAAAUUUCGAAGUGGAGGAUAAAGAAGUAGCAGAGAAUUUCAUGAAAGAACUGUGGAAAAAAUAUUCCCUGCUUUUCUCUGGUCUCAUCUUUUUUAAAACUGAGGUCCAGUUGAUCUCCUAUCAACCUUUCAAGAGAGUCGUGGUGAAUUUGAGUAACAAAGAUGAAUUGUCGGAUUAUUUUCUGAAUCAUGAAUACGCAAAUCUGAAUGGGAAAGUGUUCAACUUGGCUGUUUUCAACAAUCCCCCUAGGAAUGUAAAGAGGGGUAGGAAGUGGACUGGGGAAGAUCCAAACUUCUGGAUUAACCUCAUCGACAGCUUGAACGCGUCUUGGAGAUUGGUCCAGACCAAGGAUUUCAGCUACGAGGACGCCAUGCGGGCGGUUGCCAACGGAGAUGCCGACUUUUGUCCAUACCGAUUCUUCAAUGUCGAUAACUACACCAAUAUCGAAUUUUUAACGCCGUUUGUUAUCGAUUACCUGGUUGGAGUGGUGUCAAAGUCGAAGAGAAUCCCGAGGUUCUUCAAUAUUCUCAAAACGUCGAAACCGAUCUUAUGGAUUUCGACGUUUGUGUCUGCCGUUUCGCUCAUGAUAUUGAUGAUGGUUUCGGGGAAAUUACACAGCGAUAGGAACCGUCCAAUAGCUCUUUGUAUAUUCGGAAUCUGCCUGAAUCAAUCGGUCAAGAGGAUAGCUUCGUAUCAUUCACUCCAGAUAUUCCUACUGAAUUUAUGGCAGUUUGGCUGCUUAGUCAUUUCUGCUACGUUUCAAGGUGCCCUCCUGGAAACUUUACUGGUCCCCGAAUACCCAGGGCAGAUAGAUAAGAUCGAGGAUCUCGUCAAAUCAAAUCUCACAAUCUAUGUUGUUGCGGACAUGCGAAAACUGGUGGAAAUAUCAGUUCCGAAUUUGACCCAACAACUGGUCGCCGCGUCCGAGAAGGAAAUAUGCGAUUUAUUAACGAAUUUUGGACAGGAUUAUGCGGUGAUACUACCAUAUCGUACGGCAUACAUGAUCGUUCGAAAUUACAGGAUAUUGCGAGAUGGUCACAUAAUGAAACAGAGCCUGGUACCGGGAUUUUCCACAUAUUUCUUCAGGAAGAAUUCGCCCUACAUAAAUAUUUUUCAUGAAAUGAUUGCUAGACAUCUUCAGUACGGAUUAGCAUCCGUUUCACUGACAAACAGGGGGACUCAGAGGAACGGGGGAGAACCAUCUGAAAAUCUGUCCUUCAGCCAUUUACAUGGAGUUUUUCAGUUGAUAUAUUCAGGAUUGAUCGUUUCUGUGUUUUUAUUUCUUCUCGAAAAAUGUUUUCAUUUUUUUCACAAUGUUGAUGACUCGUGA